UAACAAGGAGGUGGUGGCCGGGUAGUGAGCUCCCCGUCUCUGGGGGUGUGUGCAAUCCGGCGCUGCGCUGUCAGCAGGGCAAGGGCUGGGGCCGGGGCCAAGACCACCAAGCCAGGCCCAGGCCCGCCCGCCUCCCGCGGCCGCCAUGGCCAAGGCGUGAGCACGGGGCGGGGCGGGAGCUGCUAUUUCUGUCUGGUGAGCGCAGCCCGCGCAGCUGGCGAGGGAGGGGGCGCCCGCGCCGCCAUAUUCCCUCCCGCCGGCCGGCUCCGCGGCGCGCAGCCACCAUGAGCACCGCCGCCUUCCACAUCUCCAGCCUCCUGGAGAAGAUGACGUCCAGCGACAAGGACUUCAGGUUCAUGGCCACCAGCGACCUGAUGUCGGAGUUGCAGAAGGACUCCAUUCAGCUGGACGAGGACAGCGAGCGCAAGGUGGUGAAGAUGCUGCUCCGGCUCCUGGAGGACAAGAACGGUGAGGUGCAGAACCUGGCUGUCAAGUGCCUGGGUCCUCUGGUGGCCAAAGUGAAGGAGUACCAGGUGGAGACCAUCGUGGACACCCUGUGCACCAACAUGCGGUCAGACAAGGAGCAGCUGCGAGACAUCGCCGGCAUUGGCCUCAAGACCGUCCUCUCGGAGCUCCCCCCUGCAGCCACAGGCUCCGGGCUGGCCACCAACGUGUGCCGGAAGAUCACAGGCCAGCUCACCAGUGCCAUUGCCCAGCAGGAGGAUGUGGCUGUGCAGCUGGAAGCCCUGGACAUCCUCUCUGACAUGCUGAGCAGGCUGGGUGUCCCGCUGGGCGCCUUCCACGCCAGCCUCCUGCACUGUCUGCUGCCACAGCUGAGCAGCCCGCGCCUGGCAGUGCGCAAGCGGGCGGUCGGAGCGCUUGGCCACCUGGCGGCCGCCUGCAGCACCGACCUCUUCGUCGAGCUCGCUGACCACCUACUGGACCGGCUGCCCGGCCCGCGGGUGCCCACCAGCCCGACUGCCAUCCGCACCCUGAUCCAAUGUUUGGGCAGCGUCGGCCGCCAGGCCGGCCACCGCCUCGGGGCUCACCUGGACCGCCUGGUGCCCCUGGUGGAGGAUUUCUGCAACCUGGAUGAUGAUGAGCUCCGGGAGUCCUGCCUCCAGGCUUUUGAGGCCUUCUUGAGGAAGUGCCCCAAGGAAAUGGGUCCUCACGUGCCCAACGUGACCAGCCUCUGCCUCCAAUACAUAAAACACGACCCCAACUACAACUACGACAGUGAUGAGGAUGAGGAGCAGAUGGAGACAGAGGAUAGUGAAUUCAGUGAGCAAGAGAGUGAAGACGAGUACAGCGAUGACGAUGACAUGAGCUGGAAGGUGCGCCGGGCAGCUGCCAAGUGCAUCGCAGCCUUGAUCAGCUCGCGGCCUGACCUGCUGCCCGAUUUCCACUGCACCCUGGCACCUGUGCUCAUCCGCCGCUUCAAAGAACGCGAGGAGAACGUCAAGGCUGACGUCUUCACUGCUUACAUCGUGCUGCUGCGGCAAACACGGCCCCCGAAGGGAUGGCUGGAGGCCAUGGAGGAACCCACCCAGACCGGCAGCAACCUCCAUAUGCUACGUGGACAGGUGCCCCUUGUGGUCAAGGCCCUGCAGCGGCAGCUUAAAGAUCGGAGCGUCAGAGCCCGCCAGGGAUGCUUCAGCCUCCUCACUGAGCUGGCGGGUGUCCUCCCAGGCAGCCUGGCCGAGCAUAUGCCUGUGCUGGUAUCAGGCAUCAUCUUCUCGCUGGCCGACCGCUCCAGCUCCUCCACCAUCCGGAUGGAUGCCCUGGCCUUCUUGCAGGGGCUGCUGGGCACCGAACCAGCUGAGGCCUUCCACCCACACUUGCCUAUCCUCCUGCCACCUGUGAUGGCCUGUGUGGCUGACCCUUUCUACAAGAUUGCAGCCGAGGCCCUGGUGGUGCUGCAGGAGCUGGUGCGGGCCCUGUGGCCGCUGCACAGGCCUCAGAUGCUGGAUCCUGAGCCAUAUGUUGGAGAGAUGUCUGCGGUCACCCUGGCGCGACUUCGUGCCACUGACCUGGACCAGGAGGUGAAGGAGCGGGCCAUUUCCUGCAUGGGCCACCUUGUAGGCCACCUGGGUGACCGGCUUGGGGAUGAUCUGGAGCCCACGUUACUGCUCCUCCUGGACCGCCUGCGGAAUGAGAUCACCCGGCUGCCCGCCAUCAAGGCUCUUACGCUGGUGGCCGUAUCCCCACUACAGCUUGACCUACAGCCCAUCCUGGCCGAGGCACUGCGCAUUCUGGCCUCAUUCCUGCGGAAGAACCAGCGGGCUUUGCGACUGGCCACACUGGCAGCCCUGGACGCCCUGGCCCAGAGCCAGGGCCUCAGCCUCCCACCGUCUGCCGUGCAGGCCGUGCUGGCUGAGCUGCCUGCCCUGGUCAACGAGAGCGACAUGCAUGUGGCCCAGCUGGCUGUGGACUUCCUUGCCACAGUGACCCAGGCCCAGCCAGCCUCUUUGGUGGAGGUCAGCAGCCCUGUGCUCUCAGAGCUGCUGCGGCUGCUGCGUUCGCCCCUGUUGCCAGCCGGGGUUCUGGCAGCUGCUGAAGGCUUCCUGCAGGCCCUGGUAGGGACCCGUCCCCCGUGUGUGGACUAUGCCAAACUCAUCAGCCUGCUCACUGCGCCUGUUUAUGAGCAGGCUGUGGAUGGUGGGCCUGGCCUGCACAAGCAGGUGUUCCACUCAUUGGCCCGGUGUGUGGCAGCCCUCUCAGCUGCCUGUCCCCAAGAGGCAGCAAGCACAGCCAGUCGCCUGGUCUGCGAUGCCAGGUCGCCCCACUCCAGCACGGGGGUCAAGGUCCUGGCAUUCUUGUCGCUGGCUGAGGUGGGUCAGGUGGCUGGGCCAGGCCCCCAGCGGGAGCUGAAGGCGGUGCUCCUGGAAGCUUUGGGGUCACCCAGUGAGGAUGUGAGGGCUGCAGCCUCGUAUGCACUGGGCCGCGUGGGUGCUGGCAGCCUGCCCGACUUCCUGCCCUUCCUGCUGGAGCAGAUCGAGGCUGAGCCCCGACGACAGUACCUGCUGCUGCACUCACUCAGGGAGGCCCUGGGGGCCGCCCAGCCUGACAGCCUGAAGCCCUACGCCGAGGACAUCUGGGCCUUGCUGUUCCAGCGCUGCGAGGGUGCUGAGGAGGGCACCCGGGGGGUGGUGGCCGAGUGCAUUGGGAAGCUGGUCCUUGUGAACCCUUCGUUCCUUCUGCCCCGCUUGCGGAAGCAGCUUGCUGCAGGUCGGCCACACACCCGGAGCACCGUCAUCACAGCGGUCAAGUUCCUUAUCUCGGACCAGCCCCAUCCCAUUGACCCCCUCCUGAAGAGCUUCAUCGGAGAGUUCAUGGAGAGCCUGCAGGACCCAGACCUGAACGUGCGCCGUGCGACUCUGGCUUUCUUCAACUCAGCUGUGCACAACAAGCCCUCGCUAGUCCGGGACCUGCUGGAUGACAUCCUGCCCCUCCUCUACCAGGAGACAAAGAUCCGGCGGGACCUCAUCCGAGAGGUGGAGAUGGGGCCCUUUAAACAUACAGUGGACGAUGGGCUGGACGUGCGGAAGGCGGCCUUUGAAUGCAUGUAUUCACUGCUUGAGAGCUGCCUGGGCCAGCUGGAUAUCUGUGAGUUCCUGAACCAUGUGGAGGACGGGCUGAAGGACCACUACGACAUCCGGAUGCUGACCUUCAUCAUGCUUGCCCGGCUGGCCACCCUGUGUCCUGCACCUGUCCUGCAGAGGGUGGACCGACUCAUUGAGCCACUAAGGGCCACCUGCACUGCCAAGGUCAAAGCUGGUUCUGUGAAGCAGGAGUUUGAAAAGCAAGAUGAACUGAAGCGCUCUGCAAUGAGGGCAGUGGCUGCCCUGCUGACCAUCCCCGAGGUGGGGAAAAGCCCCAUCAUGGCCGACUUCUCUUCCCAAAUCAGAUCCAACCCUGAACUUGCUGCCCUCUUUGAAAGCAUCCAGAAGGAUUCCGCUUCAGCCCCCAGCACAGACUCAAUGGAGCUCAGCUAGUCCCCUCAGCACCAAGGUGGGCCCUCGCUUAAGAGAAAGGAGCCCACCCAAGUCCGAGGCCUCCCCAUCCCACCACCGCAGGUCUCUACUUUUGCCCUUCCACCAUCUCACUGGGGGCCCUGUCGCUCCUGGUCAGGGCUUACAGUGCCUUUUCCAGGGACCCAACUCAAAGGUCCCCAGCCCAAGCUGUGAGGCUGCCAACAGUUGGGCCCCUUCCUUAACUCAGGACAGUCAUCCAAAGAAAUAGGGUGAGGAAGUUUUCCAGUGACUUCACACUGUACCCCUCCAUAGUCUGUCUGGUUCCUUCAGAGGGUGUCUCUGCCUCACAAACUAGUAGUAUUUAGAAAUAGGCUGUGCUGUCAGCUGUAAAAGAUCAGGAGGCAGCAGACACCACUCUGGUUUCUUCACUGCAUUCAGCAAUGCCUGAAGUUAGUGCUCAGGCCGGGCAUCUCAAAAGAAAAGAUACUUGAGUUAUUCACAUUUUAAAAUUCAAAACGGUUCAUUUUUAAGUGGCAGUGAUGAAUCAGAAAUUUGGAAGAUGAUACGGGUUUCUUUUUUCCAGGGAGGAGGAAUGGGUUGGGUAGGGAACUGGACAGGCUUGGACCUCAUGUUUCAUUUCUAAUUUCAAAAUACUUAUUAGCAAAUUGGGCAACAAUGGGCAUCUUCCAUGCCACCACCCAGGCAUAACCAGUUGGUUUGUUUCCUUCUGAGGAAGGUUUCAAAUGUGUCUAGUGUUCAGUAUUGAGGACAAAGAAAUACAAGUGGCAGGCCCAAGUAUUUUCUGUGAUAUCCCAGGUUAAUAAAGAUUAGAUUCUAAGUUA